GGCUGCAGCCCGGUUCGCACAAAAAAAGGGGGCUGUGAUGACACGGUAAGGAGGGGCUAGCGUGCGGGCCAGUGCGCGGCGGAUCGACUCGAGCCCCAACGAUGUCUAAGAGCCUCAAGAAGAAGAACCACUGGACCAACAAAGUCCACGAAGCGGCGAUCACCCGCGGCAAGGACGGCGAGCUCGGGUUCGAGCUGAGGGGGGGCGCGGAGAUCGGCCAGUUCCCCUACUUCGGCGAGGUGAGGCAGGGCAAGGGUCUGCUCCAGAGCGGGAAGCUGGCCCAGGAUGAGCUGCUGCUGGAGGUCAACAACAUGCCGGUGGCCGGGCUCACCACCCGGGACGUGCUGGCCGUGAUUAAGCACUGCAAGGACCCGGUCCGCCUCAAGUGUGUCAAGCAAGGUGGGGUGGUUGACAAGGAUUUGCGGCACUACCUCAACCUGUGUUUCUCCAAGGGCUCAGUGGACCACGACCACCAGCAGAUCAUCAGAGACAACCUCUACCUCCGCACCGUUCCCUGUACCACCAGGCAGCCUAAGGAAGGGGAGGUGCCGGGGGUGGACUACAACUUUGUGAGCGUGGAGCGUUUUAUGGAACUGGAGCAAAGUGGAGCCCUGCUUGAGAGUGGAACUUAUGAAGACAACUUCUAUGGCACACCCAAACCUCCAGCGGAGCCGUCCCCCGCAGCGCCUCCUCUGAAUGUGAGUGAGGCCCUGCUGCCCGGAGCCCGGCCCAGUGCCCAGGGCAAGAGGAAGAGGAACCAGUCGGUCAGCAACAUGGAGCAGCGUGCCAGCCUGGAGCCGCCCGAGGAGGAGGAGGAGGAGAGCCCGGUUCUCAACGGCAACGGGGUGGCCAUCACGCCAGAGUCCAGUGAACACGAGGACAAGAGCACAGAUGCCUCCGGGGAAGUUGCUGUAGAAACGUCCAGCCAGGCCCCGACUUCCGUCGAGCCGCCCAACGAAGAAGAAGAAGAAGAAGAAGAGGAGGAGGAGGAGGAGGCCCCAAAAUCUCCCUCUAAAUCCCCCGUCAAAGUUCCAGACAUGGAUGAGGAAGAGCUUGGUCCUCUGCCGGACAACUGGGAGAUGGCGUACACCGAGAAGGGCGAGGUCUACUUCAUAGAUCACAACACCAAAACUACAUCCUGGUUGGAUCCUCGGCUGGCCAAGAAAGCAAAGCCACCAGAAGAAUGCAGAGAAGACGAGCUGCCCUACGGCUGGGAGAAGAUAGAUGACCCCAUCUACGGCAGCUACUACGUCGAUCAUAUCAAUCGAAGAACUCAGUUUGAGAACCCAGUCCUGGAAGCCAAGAGACGCCUGGAGCAGCAGAGGCAGAUGCAGAGCCAGGGACUCUCUGCUCUCCCACUACCCACUAUAUACAGAGAGAAGUCGUUGUUUACGAGGGACCCAACCCAGCUGAAGGGGAACUUCCUAUCGACGGCCCUGCAGAAGAGCAACAUGGGAUUUGGAUUCACGAUCAUCGGGGGCGACGAACCCGAUGAGUUCCUGCAAGUGAAGAGCGUGAUACCCGACGGGCCCGCUGCUCAGGACGGAAAGAUGGACACAGGUGAUGUCAUUGUCUACAUCAAUGACAUCUGUGUGCUUGGCACCACGCACGCCGAUGUGGUCAAGCUUUUCCAGUCCGUGCCAAUCGGCCAGAGUGUGACCCUCGUGCUCUGUCGAGGCUAUCCCCUGCCCUUUGACCCUGAGGAUCCGAGUGGCACAGCGAGCGCUUCCUUGACACCCAUCGGCAUGGAGCAUCGUCCCCUAGUGGUAAACGGCCGCGCCAGCUACGACCCGUACCUGGAGUAUCUGUCGUUGAGCUCCCAGCUUCCCCCUCAGGCUCUGGCCCAGGCCGGAGCCCCCCACCCCGGGGACACACAUUUGGAUGGCUCAUCUCUGCCGCCCACCACACCUGGUUCCGUAUCCGGACUCACGCCGCACGACGACAACGUGUCCAUGGCCUCCUCCGGGACCACGGGGGGCGCCGGGCACGCAGCACAGGGGGCGGAGUUUCUCACAGUUACCAUGGUGAAGGGGGCGGAGGGAUUCGGGUUCACCAUUGCCGACAGUCCCACCGGUCAACGAGUAAAACAGGUGCUCGACCCGGGCUCGCAGGGGGCGUCGGGGCUCGUGGAGGGAGACCUGAUCCUGGAGGUGAACCAGCAGCCAAUGGCUGCAGCCGGACACGGACGAGUGGUGGAGAUGCUUAAAGAGUGUCCCGUGGGAGCCGAGGCGACUCUCCUCAUACAGAGAGGAGCGACGGGCCACAUCUCGCCUCGAAAGGCCUCCAAACAGUUGCCUGACCAGUGGGAUCCACAUGGCAGCCCCCAAGCAAACCUGUCCGGCCCAGUUUUGCCGCCUGGCACACCCUUCCCAAACCAGCCGCAGCACCGCACGUCUGUGCCCGACUCCACCGAGGGCUUCGAUCUUAACAAACCUGACCCCUAUGACCUUUAUGAGAAGUCGAGGGCCAUCUAUGAGAGCCGACGUCCAGAGUAUGAAGAGGUGGAGGUUCACCUGCUGAGAGAGAAGACCGGGUUUGGCUUUCGUAUCCUAGGGGGAGACGAGGCCGUGCAGGCUAUUGUUAUCGGGGCGAUAAUAGAAAACACCCCCGCUGAGCGUGAUGGACGGCUUCGACCCGGGGACGAGCUCAUUUCCGUGGAUAAAAAUGUGGUUGCUGGGAAACCACACAAAUACGUAAUAGACUUGAUGCACGCAGCCGCGCGCAACGGUCAAGUCAGCUUGACUGUGAGAAGGAGAGUGCAAAUGCCUGGUGAACUGUGUCCUGUAAAUGGACGCAGGCCCGGCUCCGUGUCGACCCAGCACAGCUCUCCGCGUAGCGAUGCGGCCUCGGCUUCGGGCCCUCUGGCAGUCGUCGUGCCGACUGCCACCUCCCCUCCGGAGAGAUCCGCCCUGCAAACCAGUGAUGUGGUUAUUCACCGCAAGGACAACGAGGGCUUCGGCUUUGUCAUCAUCAGCUCCCUGAACAGACAGGAGAACGCCUCCGUCAUCACUGUGCCGCAUAAAAUAGGACGCAUCAUCGAGGGCAGCCCUGCGGACCGAUGUGGGAAGCUGAAAGUGGGCGACCGGAUCCUGGCCGUAAAUGGACAAUCCAUCAUCAGCAUGCCGCACGCAGAUAUCGUCAAGCUCAUUAAAGAUGCUGGGCUAACAGUCACUCUGCACAUCAUACCAGAGGAGGGAUCCCACUCUGGCCCCAGCUCGGAAAAGCAGAGCCCAAUGACCCAGAAACACAGCCCCCAGAACCAGCACAGCCCUGUAGCACAGCCCGGCCAAGGAGGCACCCAGCCCGGCCUAAUGGCCUCCCAGCCGGGUCAAAUGCCUGUGCAGCCCGGCCAGGCGCCAGCACAGACUAGCCAGGCAGUAACUGGCCCUUCUGUAACGGCGGCCUCCCAUCCUGCGCCUGCCGGAACCCAGCACAGCCCGGUCAGCCAGGCCUUGGGCCCGCCUCCACAGCUCUACCUCCACGACGGCAGGUCAGAGGUUAAAGCCAGACAGGAUGUCAAACCUGACUUCCGGCAUCCUCCUUUCACUGAUUACAGGCAACCUCCAGUAGACUACCGACACCCGCCGGUUAGUGAUUACAGACAGCCGCCGACGCUGGACUACAGACACCCGCCUGGUCUGCUGGACUUCAGACAGCACCCUGCAGCGGCCCAGUUUCCUCUGGGCAUCCCUCCCGACUUCAGACACCAGGACUAUGACUACUUUACGGUGGAGCUGGAGAAAAGCACAAAGGGUUUUGGCUUCAGUAUCCGUGGGGGCAAAGAGUACAAGAUGGACCUGUUUGUGUUGCGCCUGGCUGAAGAUGGUCCCGCCAUACGAAACGGAAGGAUGAGGGUAGGGGAUCAGAUCAUAGAGAUUAACGGCGACAGCACUCGGGACAUGACUCACGCCCGUGCCAUUGAACUCAUCAAGGCGGGAGGCAGGCGGGUCAGGCUGCUGCUUAAGCGAGGCACAGGACAGGUGCCAGAAUACGACUGUGCCGCCCCCUGGGAUACCUUUUCUACAGCCCACCCUGCCCUGCAGGAAGUGACCCUCGCCCUACCCGAAUCCAUUGCUCUCAUCCCAUUUAGCCCUGGUCACCCCGCAUCAGCUCCCUCUAGAGGCCACAGUGUACACGGCAGAUAAAGCUCCACAGCCGGCUGACCACAGCUCCGUGAGGGGGGCUACAGGUGGCAGGUCCACCCACCAGAAGUGUAUCAUCAGAGGGCAGGGAACCCAACAGGGAUCUGGAGAGUUGGA